AUGACAUUAUCCACUAUCACGGCAACCCGGAAAUCAAACUCGGCUUGUCGCUUGUCUGGUGGAAUUUCACUUUUAUUCAAAAAGGAAUUUGAAAAUGUUAUCUCUGUUGAAAAACAAACAAAAAAUUCCCUAUGGUGUCGAAUAGACAAUACAAUUCUAAACUCCACAAAAGAUUUAUUUAUUUGUGGAGUCUACAUUCCUCCAGAAAGAUCAUCCUACUUUGAUGAGGAUAUAUUUCAUAACCUAGAAAAUGAUGUGGUAUAUUUUUCCAAAAAAGGAAACGUUAUGCUACUAGGGGACUUUAGUGCUCGUACCAGCAAACUCGAAGAUUUUGUUUCAAAGGAAGGAAACACUUUCAUUAAUGACAUUACUGAAACCUCCUUUGAACCAAAAGCUUGA